UCACUUGCUCGAUAGCAGCGGGGAGUUCCUCGUGCUCAGACCCAACGAGAAGGUCCGCCUAGUACAGCUCGCCGAGGAAAUGGCAGAAGAUGCUCAUGCUCAGCAGAUUGGAGAGGAUUGUACGUGGUCUUCGAGUAGUGAGGAUGAACAGCCUGCUAGCAAGAACCGAUCUUCCCUUGGGCGCAUCUCUGAGGAGGUUGAACGAAGCGAAGCUGAUGGCGAGGCGAAGGAGGUGAAUAGUGACGAUCAUGAGGUGGGUGAGAGACUCGAGCGAGCUGAGGGGCUGGCUAUGGACGAGGAUCACAGGACGUCUUCCGGAGAAUCACGCAUCAAUGUCCCGAGUACUCCGCUACGAGGCGCAUCACCAUCUCAGACAGAGUCACACCCAUCUUCACAUUCAGACUGUGCGCCCCCUUUAAGGUCAAGCCAGAAAGUGCAACCCACGCCGCCCGCUACGACUGUGCUGACCUCGAUGAUCAAGAGCGCUCUAGGUUCUGCCACUGGCCAGUCUUUCUCUGCCAAUCUUGCCUCUCCUGACUCUAAGGCCUGUGUCCAGGAAAAUUCUCCUCGGCUAUGGCCUAGGAAAACGUGGCUCUCAACCUCAAGCGCUUCUCCAUUCUCACGCAGAGCGCGCAGUCGCAGCAGCUCGGAUCUCCUACAGUCAGCUCACAGAAAAGCGUCCAGCAGGGAAGAAGCAGCUGAGAUGAGUGUUUCAGCUGCCUCACCAUCUACUGCUGAUCUUGGACGAAUGGUACAGUCUCGGUGGAGCUCUUCGACUUCCAAUUGGGACCUGUCUGACUCAAAUGCUGGCUUUCAGCUGCGCUCUGAUCUCAGUCGAGAUCUGGCGCUUGGGAGAAGCCCGAAUCGGCCUGGCGAGCUUGUGGAUAUUUCUGCUAGUACGGAGCCGGGAAUCGGCCUGCAGGUCGAGGACGAGGAGGAGGGUGGCGGCAUUCGCACCUCUUCCGAGCAUAGGACGAAGCCUUCAUCUCAAGUCGAUUCAAUGCCGCCGCACUCGCAGACUUAUUUGCCUCGCUCUCACUUCAGCUCGGUCACGCCUUCCGUCCACGAAUCGAUCAUCGACAGCGAGAUUUCUGCGGCUUGCCCUGCCGCUCGACGGUCUUCUUCGGAUGACUGCCAAGCAUCGUCAGUGCUGCCGCUGCGUAAUUUAGGCAACAAGAAGAGCACUGAGAGCGGCGACCGGCGCUCUGUUGACAGUGCCACAGUGGACCAACCUCGACUGAAGGACAUGCUCUCAGCUACGCAUGCUGGCAUCGAAACCUCGCGCCAUAGUUCGCUAUUCACGCCUGACAGGAGGCUCGAAUCUUCCAAUCGCGCCUCCUCUCCGGCUGAAGACACAGUGGAGCUGCUCGGGCAAUUUCCCUCUGUGCCCAUCGAUGGUCAGCAAUCCAGCAGUGCCCACUGUAGUCUGAAUCCACCCGCGGCGUCGGCAGCUGCUACCGCUGCGGCACCCAUUACUACCCCCACGAGCUGGCUCGGCAGAAAGAUCGUGAAAGCAGCCAGUGCCGUCUCUGGUCGUCGCAGCAGCGAGCCCAGCGAUACGCUGGCUAGCCCAGGUCUAGCUGCCGCCAUGCAGAUUGGCAGCGAUGGCCAUGGCCAGUCGCCGGUGAGGGCGGACAGCUUGGGUACUGCAGGCGCAAGCGAUAGAGACUCUGCGAAAGGUGCUGUUGUUGUUAAGCCUGUUGUCAAGGGAUCGCGACUGCUUGAUAUCAUAAGAAAGGACGGAGGUAGGCGCACGACGAAAGGCAGAGGGGCGAGGCAACGCGGAUCAAGCGAAGCAGGACAAAUGCAAGCAGAGCCGACCGCAUCGCCCACAACGGCCAGGACCAAGCUUCAGGCAACCCCUUUGCCAGAAGAGCUACUCCCGUCUGCAGCGAACGCAGCAAUUGAAGAAAGCAGCGCUCCUCGUCAGGUACAGCAAGCACAGCCGCGAUCACGAUCCGCAUCAGCUGCUGCCGGCCCCGCUCCAUGUCUAGCAGCCCCUGCAAGUUACGAGAGUCUGCCCGAUGAGCCUCUGAGCGGUGGCGGUAUCUUCAGCGGUAAAGGGCGGAGACGUGCGGCGUCAAGAGCCUCCUGUACUUGCACUGAUGCCAAUGAGGAAUUCAGAUCGGCUCGAGGCUCCAUUCACGCGGAUGCGGAGGAAGACUAUGAUAGAGAAAGAUCAACGGGCCGGCUGUCUGGCGAGGAGUACGAGAAGCUUCCGUCCCUGGACGCAACGCAAAGCCAACCCCGUACGUCAAGUCUGACGCAUAGGAGCUCCACAAAUAGCUGCUAUGGAUUCAAAGGCGGGCGAAAGGAUGGCUCUGCGGCAUCUGAACACAGUAAGGACUCCAGAUCCAACUCCCCGGCAUUCACUAAGUCUUCGCUUGACAGUCUUCGGAGUGCCACUCGUUCUCGAGUGCAGGCUGUGAAAGGCAGUAAAGCCUUGCGGAGCGUUGCAAGAACAGACGAGAAGCAGUCGGUACCAUCUCAUGGCCCAGAGGCCGUAUCGCCGAAAGCCUCGCCCUCUAUGAGAGCUACUUCUCUUCGUGGCCUCAGAGAGAGAUUUGGCGGAGUGCACAAACCGGCAAUUCAGAGCACAAAAGACCAGGUGGGGGUUCUUGCCCAGUCACCCGAUCCUUCUACGGCAGUCUACUCCUCUUCGACUCUCGUGCUGACUCCAAAUGCAGCCGGUAAUGAGACUAUGAGUCCACAGACCAGCCGUCUGCACGAUCUAGGACGCGGGCUUGGCUUGGGCCUCAAUCAAUCUACCACUAGUCUCUUGCAGGAUAUUGUCGAGGCCUCCAAAUCUCCACCCUCUGCAGCCUUUCCCCGAAGCAGCAGCAGCAGUGCCGCCGCCGCCGCCGGCGCCGGUCCAGACAUGAGCGCGGGCCUGGGCUUGACAGGUGCUCGGAUCCUCAGAGGAGGAGGAGGAGGCGCCCCAUCGGAUAUUAGUAUUGCGACUUCGCAAGACCCGCAAGAUUGGACUCCGGACAAGCGUCACGCUUUUAGAAAGUGGCUCGAGGCAGAAGGGAAAGGCAGAGGUUAUUUUUCACCUGGCGGGACAAGCGGUGGAAGCGGUACGAGGGAGAAUUAGCUUGUCUCAGAUUGAGAAGAAGCGAAGCUAUGUCCCCCUGUCUCUCUUGCUUCCUGCAUCUCUUGCUGAUAGGCGCAUUGUGUUGCAGGACUUCGAUCUUCCGGCAAUCUGAUCUACUUGUGACAGGAGUUCCAUGCUCACAAUACUCCCAUGUCACAACCUCAUCUGCAUCGGCCGCGCCCUCAACUUCUAUCUUUGCUUGUUCCAUCCAAAUCGCGUGUCACUUGUCAAAGAGGUC